AAAACAAAUGUUAUUUUCUACCUCGCAAAGAUUUACAGAUUAAAAAAGUAUAAGGUACCGUGUUUCCCACAAUAUCGACAUUGUGGUGAAAUAUGAUGUUUAAAUGGUUGUUAUUGGCAUUAUUAAUUAGUUUUUCCAUUACAAAUGGAAAAAUAUCGUAUAAUACGUUGCGAUCGCAAAUAUUAAGUAGAGUAACCGUCCAUGUACCAAAAGUUAUCAACAAAAUAUGUCUCCUGAUACCGGACGAAGGGCCAUGUCGCGCCGAAAUUCCGAUGUACUACUUCCAACCGGAGACUAUGAACUGCAGUACUUUCCGCUGGGGGGGCUGCCAGGGCAAUGGCAACCGAUUUGAUACCCUCAGCGAAUGCUUGACAACCUGCACAAGUCAGCCUGGGCAACAGCCGGGCCGCCCAACAUACUGUAGCUUGAGCUUUGACUACGGCUUCUGUUUUGGUGCAGAUAAGAGAUGGUAUUAUGAUGAAAAGUGGCACGUCUGUAGAGAAACUAUUUACUCUGGCUGUGGCGGAAACAAAAACAACUUCUACAGUCAAGUCGGAUGCGAAUCAAUCUGCCGGUUUGGUAUCGGUCCACCAGCACAGGGAGAAGGAGGUGAUGGCAAAUUGAAGAAGGUAUUGAUUAUAAACUCGCCCGAUCAAACGACUCCACGGAGCCAAAAACAACAGGGCUCUUAA